AUGGAAGCGGCGGUGGCGCGUCGGCCUCGCGUCCUCACCGAGAUCGACCCGCACAGCGAGUGGGUGCACGCGCGCGAGUUCGACGCGCUCGUGGUGGACGUCACAGGGUUCAGCAAGGACCAGCUGAAGGUGCAGGUGGAGCCGUCGGGGAGCCUCAAGGUGAGCGGCGAGCGCGCCGUCGACGGGGGUGGCGGCAGGCAGUGGUGCCACUUCACCAAGCGGUUCGACCUCCCAGCAGGCUGCUGCGACGUCGACGACAACGUCGCCGCGAUCACCGUCCAACUCGACAAGGGCAUGCUCUACAUCCAGGUGCCGCGCCGGCAGAGCGCCGCUUGGCGGGGCACCGAGCAGCAGCCGGCGGAGGCGGAGGUGUACGAGGACGCGCUGCGAGGAGAGUCGGACGAGACCAGCGACGACGGCCACGGCCACGGCGGCGGCUGGAACAUCGGCCGCGUGGCGGCGGCGCGGCGAGACGGCGAGCAUCUUCACCCGCUCCGGCUGCUCGCCAGGGGCGUCAGCAGGCACCGGCAGGUGGUUCUGAACGUCGUGCUCGCCGUCGUCGUCCUCUGGCUCGUCGUGUUCGCCAAGAACGACUAA